UUUUAAAAUUCUAUUCGAUUUUUUUAACGAAAAAAAAGUUUAUGAAAAUCAUUACGAUUGUGACGAAAGAGAAGAUCAAAGAAAACUCUACACGACAGUGCAAGUGUAUAAAUACAAGCAAUUGUGGUUGCUUAAACAUUUAUUAACAAAAACUAUAUAAAAACUUUAAUUAAAAAGUUUAAAGUGAAAAUAAAUAAGUAUAAAAUAUAUAUUAUUUACUCCGUUUUUUGGUACAGAAAUUAUAACUACUCUCUUGGUUAUACUCUCCUGCUCCCUUGAAUCCCCUUUGGUUUAGUGAAGGUGGAGCACGAAACUGUACCUCAAAUUCAAAGACACUAUUGGGGAAAUAUUUUUGGCGCGAAUUUUGACAUUUAAUAGUGUCAAAGCAAAAGAAAAUUGUAAAAAAAACUUUUUAAAGAACACUUAACAAAUAACAAACCAAAAUAUUGCCUCAAGGUUAUUCAACAUCAACAAUUUAAUGACGCAAUUCAGUAUUUUGCAUUUGUGAGUUAAUAUAUUAUUUAUUAAAAAACAUUUAUAAAGAAAUGUCCGCUGCUCGCGUAUUAAAUCCAAUUGUACUGUCGGAGUUCUGUAAGCUCCGACCCAGUCCAUCAACAGUCAACAAUUUAUCUUGUGGACGUCAACUAAAUCGCAUUAAACGUGACCUUUUCGGUUCAGUUAAUCCUGCUGAAAUAAACAAAUAUGCAUCAGAUGAACUUGAAAAGAAUCACGAAAAAGCUGCCAAAAAAUGGGGUUUUGAUUUUCGGAAUGGAAUGCCAAUAAAAUGUAAUUCGCACUUCGUAUGGGAACGUGUGACUUUCCAAGAGGCAACAAACUCACCCGAAAUGUAUACACUUACACGUGCGGCACAUGUACGUCCAGUGACAACACCACCAACUCCUAUCGAUUUGUUAAUAGAUGAACGUGCUGAACGUGAAAAUUUCAUCAGCUCUGCAACAGAUACGGAUUCAUGUGAUGAAUCGCAGGACGAAGCAACAGUAACAUUUAAGGUUCCAACUAUAGUUGGCCAUAGCAAUAAAACUACAAAAAUUACAUUGCCCAGCAGUAAACCUAAUUUGCGUAAACGUCAACCGAAGAUAACAGGUAAGAUAUAUAAUUAUUUACACAUAUCAAAAAAUAAGAACUUAUUGUUCAGACCUAAUGAUCAACUAGCUGAGUGCAUUAAGAAAAAAGCAAUUGAAGUGUACUUCUUCUUGUAA